AGUGCACUGAACACGGUGAAUACACACUCCUCGGAGCGAAAACUUUCUCUAGCUGAGUUCUCGAUCAUGAACAUAUACAUCCAGUCUCGGGUCCGAUCGUCCUCCGAGUAAUCUCUCCGACUUCCCUUGUCAGUCAAGCGUUCGUGCUCGAUGGAUUUCAAACGAGUCACGCUCUUCACCAACGGGUCGACUCUUGGUGGCAAAGUCGUGAUGUGUCCGGACACAAUAGAUGAGCUGAAACAGCUGGCUUUGGAAGUUUUGGGACUGCCGGUGAAUCACAUUUUCAACAAAAGUGGGGGAUGCUUCGAUUCAGUAGACCUCAUCCGCGAUGACGAUGUAUUAUAUUGUUCCACGGGUCCCAAUUUCAUUGAACCAAAUCAAGUUCGACAGGUUGUUGAUAACAACACCGAAUGGAUCCUGCUCAACGUCGGAGGAAAGCGCUUCGCCACAACGAGAAGGACAUUGGUCUCGAAAGAGCCACUGUCGAUGCUGGCUCGGAUGUUUUCCUCCGAUGUUUUUUUCUGGCCGGCGGCUGUGGACAAGAAAGGAGCCUUCCUGAUCGACCGAUCACCCCGGUAUUUCGAGCCCAUCCUGAAUUAUCUCCGGCAUGGUCAACUGAUCAUGGAGAACGAUCUGGAAUUAGAGGGUGUUCUCGAAGAGGCGAAGUUCUACGGCAUACAAUCUCUUGUCAAUCAACUAGAGGACCGAAUCGCCAAAGAGCCCCAGGAUGAUUCCCCCUUGACUCGCCGGGACGUUGUAUCCUUACUCGCCGGGACAUCAGCUGACAAAGAGCUCCGUUUCCAAGGCAUCAAUUUGGAAGGAGCCGAUCUCUCGCGAAUGGAUUUGAGGAACAUCAAUUUCAAAUAUUCAAAUCUACGGGGCUGCCGUCUGAAGUACAGCAACCUGAGCUUCUGCAACUUUGAGAGGGCGGAUAUGUCUCUUGCUGAUCUCGAGGGCGCUGUUCUCAAAGGAGCCCGAAUGGUUUGCGCCAACAUGGAGAAAUGCAACCUACAUUCCUGUGAUAUGGAAUCAGGAGCGGAAUUUUCCGUUAGUCUGGAGUCCGCCAAUCUGAAAAACGCCGUCUUCGAAGGUAGUCAAAUGGCCGGGGUAAACUUGAGGGUCGCAACUUUGAAGCAUGCCAACAUGCAGAACUGCUACCUCCGACAAGCAAACCUUGCUGGUGCGGAUCUCGAAAACUGCGACCUUUCUGGAAGUGAUCUACACGAAGCCAAUUUGAGAGGGGCGAAUCUCAAAGACGCGGUCUUCGACAGAAUGCUGUCACCAUUGCACAUGGCGCAAGCGAUCCCGUAGAGAUAUCCUUCGGGAGUCGAUAGUAUAUUUUCGACAAUAUUCCGCGAGCAGCUAAGAGUUCAGCAUGCGAGAGACGAGGGCGCCAGGCUCAUGUAGAUAUCAGCGUUAUAUAAAUAAAGUCCGUAAUACUACUG